AUGGUCGAAGAAGUGCCCUUCAACAAUGGUUCAGAAGAGAAUAGAAGACGCUUUGUUAACUAUGGGCCAUGUAUAAUGUGCAAUGUUCACAAAAUAUGUAUUCUCUUUAUUGGCUGCAAUCACUUGGCCUGUUGUAGCAGAUGUUCAGAGACUUGUGGCGACUUUUGUCCAGUUCCGAAUUGCAAUCAGAAAAUUAAUGAGCGUCUGCAUGUAUUCGAGCCUCUUUUUUAACAGCACGGCGUCGUUCUUCGUAUAAAAAUUGGCAGAAUUGACAGGAAGUUGGGGGAACUUCAAUAAGUCACUAAAUAUUAACAACGAUACCACAUAAAAGCUAGUUAAUUCAUCGGAUGUGUAGGCUGGAGAUAUCGGUGUGGAAUAUGGGUAGUGAGAAGCUCAUGUAGCUCUGGGGUUAGUGCAGAUGUAGGUGUCUGUGCACGACAUGAUGUGUGUUGCUGCGUUCAUGUUUGUGUGUCUGGGUGUGAGCGUAGAUACAGAUACCAGACCGUAGGUACGAGCAUGAGCGAAGGUGUAGGUGUGGUUCUGUGCGUGGGCAAGAAGAAAAAAACAUACUUUUGUACUUUUGUAUGUUUUCUCAUUCUUCUGACGCUUCUUCGUACAUCCCCAUACUUCUUAGCAGUUCGUUAUAAUUCUUAGUAUUUCUCCAUAUUUCAUUGCAUUUCUCGCUACUUCUUUGUAUUUGGGUGUGGGUGAGAGUGUGGAUGUGGGUGUGGAUGUGGACGUGGGGUGGAUGUGGAUGUAGGCGUGGGUGAAGGUGUGGGUGAGGGUGUGGGUGUGGGUGUGGCCGUGGAUUUUCUCUUAACUCACCCACACCCACACCCAAAGGUCCUUAUAAAAGUCUCAAAAAGUCUCAAUAAGACUGUUUUGAGACUCUUUCGAGGCUUUUGGCGCUCUCAGAAAGGUCCUAAUAAAGGUCUCAAAAAAGUCUCAAAAAGACUGUUUUGAGACUCUUUUUCGCUGGGAGAAAGAUCUCAAAAAGAUCUCAUUAUCGGUACAUUAGAAGGCGGUGUCGAUACGGUCAUGUGGGGUGGUUUUUUGGUCGUAAAUUGCGAUAUACGUUGAUAAAGCCGGGUGAUGUGGCAUUAGGUGGCACAGCAAUAGGUAUUCGGCCUGGUCAUAUAUCCAAGAUUGUUCGUCGUACGAACCGAUAUACGAGUUCGGAGGAAUUGUUUGACAUUAAUCAAAUCUUUACAUCUCCAUCAAUUCGCUACUCUUCACACCCUGCUUAUGCAAAGCAGUUCAUUGUCGAUCAUCCUCAACGUUCUGAUGUGCGUAUUGGAAUGCGAUUCGUUUUUCAAUGUCGUCAGCCUCCAGGAUCCUAUAAAAUCGGACAGGAAACAGUUGGUGCACGCGAUACGAAGUUAGACGUAUACUUUGAUAACAACGAACUCGAAUGGUACACGAAAGAAAACGUUGGCGUAGUCUUGACUGGUCUUUGUGUGCAACUGCGAUAUGUAACUCGACCACAUAAAAAAUAACAGCUCGUCGCUUUUCAUUUUAAUCUAAAGAAUAAUAAUAUUUAUUAAAUAUAUAUUUUGUUUACAAAAACUAGUGAUAAUCAUUGUAUAUUGGAUCAGUAGCGUAGCCAGAAAUUUUUGAGUCGUGGGCCGUUUCCCAGCAAAAUUAUUUUGAGGACUGGGCAGCAAUGGGCAAUUAAAAAUCAACUGGACUAUAAUUUAAAAACUUAUUGUCGUUAUAAUAUCCGAUGUUUGUUGAAGAGAAAUUCGUCACUCUCAAUUAAGAGCUGAGAUCACUCGCUGUUUUGUACUGUUUCAUAAAUGUAUUAUUCAACAUUCAAAUAUAUGAGUAUUUUGUACAAGAGGGGACCAGCGUACUUCUGAGGUACAGAAGUACACUUAUUCCUCUUGAUUUUAUAUGUAAGAAGUAUAGAUAAACACAAAUGGAACAAAAACUACGGUACCAUAAAUAAGCACAAAUGAAUCAAGCGAUCCAAGUUUUCGUUUAACACCGGACAUUUUAAUACACAAAAUAUCCAGCACAUAAAUAAUUGUAAAUAUCUAUAUCAAUAACUGAACUGCUCGUUAUUAUUCUGUUAUUCAACGGCAAAAAAUGCUUGCUGUUUUCUUUCAUUGGCCUGCAAUAUCAAUAAUUUCUUUCAUUUCGUGCACGGUUGCAACGAUCAUUACUGUGCUUUAAUUAGUGUGGGCAACAAGAAAUGUUCGUCUGUCUGUUUUUUGUUGGACAAUAACAAACGCCACUUAUUUUUUUCUAGCGUCAGACAAUGCGAAGGUUAGUUUGUCUUUCUUUCCAUCAGCCGAUGACAAGUAUUAGUUUGUUCGGUUUUACCGAACAAUUACAAGCGUCACUCCACACUUAUCACUAGUGAAUCCUAGCAAAACUGAAUGUCUUGUUUUCUAUGGCUCUGAUAUCCGGUUGUUUAUAGAUUCUCUAAAUUACAGAUUUCUAAUUUAUUGCUACUGCUUGAAAUUCCUGAUGAUAUUUUCAAAGCACUUUCAUUUACAUAUUAGACCGUUCUUUUUAUUUACAUUUUCUAUGUAGUUCAUAUAAGUUGUCAAUU